CAGCUGGACAUCUAAACUAUUGUCUGUUACAGGAUGAUAUACCUGCUGUUAUCAGCUGUCCUGCUUCAGCAAGCUACAGCUGGGUUGGUCGGAUCGUCUAAAUGUAGCUGGGGACCUAAAUAUUGGUGCGCCACUAUACCACAGGCAAAAGAGUGUGGAGCGGUAAGACACUGUAUUGGAAGUGUGUGGAUGAAGGAGAAUGUCCCUAAGGAUACUGAUGAAGUUUGUGAUAUCUGUAAGAACAUGGUUGGACAAGCUAGAGAUACCUUACAGUCUAAUCAAACCCAGGUUAGAUAUUAG